AUGGCAGACCUCGAGAACGAGAAGCAGGCCAUCCCGAUCGCUGGCGAUGGAGUCACGCAGCAGCCGCCCUUGCAGGAGAAGCUCGAGGGCAGCACGGUCGCCCCUCCGCCGCCAGCUGUAGAGAACAUUGUGACGCGAGAUGGAUUUCGUCUUCAUCCCCAGCCGACGACCGACCCGUUGGAUCCUCUGAAUUGGUCCAGCUUUCAGAAGCACACCAUCCUCGCGAUUGUCAUGUACAAGUAUUUCCUGUUCACGUACAUCACGACGACGACAGUGCCCAGUUUCCCAGACCUCCAGGAGCAAUUUGCCAUCAGCUACUCGCAAGUCAACUGGACCGUGGCCAUUCCGGCGUUGGGUCUCGCCGUCGGGCCCCUGAUAUGGAGCUCUCUGGCGGACAUCUUCGGUCGCAGAGUCAUCUUCAUCAUCGGGACCCUGAUGGCGUUUGCCGCGACCAUCGGAGCCGCCGAAGCAUCCAACUAUGGCGGCUACAUGGCGGCACGGUUCUUCCAGGGCCUCGGCGUAGCACCGGCCUCGACCGUCGGCCUGGCUGCUAUCAACGACAUGUUCUACGAGCACCAGCGAGGUCAGAAGAUCGGGCUCUGGGUGUUGGCCAUCGACAGCGGCCUGCUCGUCGGCCCGAUCUUCGGCGGGUUCCUGAACAUCGUCUCGGCGGAAUGGAUCCAGUGGUUCACCGUCAUCCUCUUCGGCGUUCUCAUCGUCCUCGAACUGGCCUUCAUGCCCGAGACUCUGUAUCCGCGGAACCAUAUGCUGUCGAAGCUCCCGAUGGCGACCGCGGCGGACGAGACGGCCGUGGAUAUCGAGAAAGUGGGCCGUCGUCGAAGUGACGCCAGCGAGGUUCACCUCUCCCGCACCAAAAAACUCGCCUUCAUCAACUACAAGCCCGUGCCCGGGAUGCGACACCCAGCAGUGUACGACGCGGUGCUCCGAUUCAUCCUGACGUGGAAGUUCCUCGCCGUCUCCAUCGCCGUCUUCACCUACUGCUUCCUGUGGUACUGGUGGGUGCUCAGCGUCAUCACCAUGCUGCCGGCCGCCUACCUGGACUACACGCCGCAAAUCCAGGGCCUGCUCUUCCUCGGACUCCUCCUGGGCACCCUGUUCGCCGAAGUCUUCCUGGGAGGCUACCUCAGCGACAUUGUGUGCACGCGUCUCGCCCGACGAAAUGGCGGCGUGCGUCUGCCGGAGAUGCGUCUCUGGCUGAUCUACCCGGCGGGCGUGUUGAGCGCCGUCGGCCUGAUCAUCUGGGGCAUCAGCGUCGACAAGGCGUACCAUUGGAUGGUCGGACAGGUGGCGUUCUUCCUCUUCGCCGCGGGUAUCCAGAUGGGCAAUACGGUCGUGUGUGCUUAUAUCGUGGAUUGUUACCCGUUGCAAAGCAUGAGCAUCAUCACGUUUUACGCCGUGUUGUUGAACCUGUCGGCGUUUAUUGAUCCGUUCUUCAUCGCCCCCUGGCAACUAGACUCGGGCUGGACCUGGUGCUUCGCCGCGCAGGGCCUCAUUGUCUUUUUCGGAGCCAUGCCUAUCUUUGGCAUCCUGCAUAAAUACGGUCCAGUCUUGAGAUCCAAGACCGGGACGCCGGGCUGGGUGAACCCGGAGUUUGACGCCUUGUUAUAA